ACAGCAAGCACCAAGCACAUGAAGGAAGAGACGAGUUCUUUAGGAGCAAUUUUGAUCUACCUCAUGGGCCCAAGAUUUUUGAUUUAUGUAAGCUGUGCCUUAUCAAUAUGGGGAGAUCGAAUGUGGCACUUUGCCAUGUCUGUGUUCCUGAUAGAAUUAUAUGGACAUAAUCUUCUUCUAACAGCAGUGUUUGGCUUAGUGGUGGCUGGAUCUGUACUAAUAUUUGGGGUCUUAAUUGGUGACUGGAUUGACAGGAAGCCAAGAAAUAAAGUUGCUCAUGCCUCGCUCUUCAUUCAGAAUGCCUCUGUCACCGCCUGCUGUGUGCUCCUCAUGCUCCUGUUCUCCUACCGAAGGGAGAUGGAACAAAUCUGGCACGGCUGGUUCACUGUGGCCUGCUACACAGUGCUGAUCACCCUGGCAGCUGUGGCGAACCUGGCUGGCACAGCACUGACCAUCACCAUUCAGAGGGACUGGAUUGUGAGCCUCACAGGUGGCAACGGAAGCCAGCUGGCUGGGAUGAAUGCAGCAGUCCGGCGGCUGGACCAGAUCAUCAAUAUAUUUGCUCCCCUGUCUGUGGGCCAGGUGAUGACAUGGGCAUCUCAUGUGAUCGGUUGUGGUUUCAUUCUUGGAUGGAACUUGGUUUCACUUCUUGUAGAGUUUCUAUUUCUGUCUAGGGUUUAUCAACUAGUUCCCCAAUUGGCUGUAAAACCCCAGCAACAAACAGGGAAGCCCUUCCUAGAAAAGCAACAGGAGGCUGUGAAUGUUCAAGGUGAAAUAGACUCUUGGGAAACCACUGAUGGAUUUAUCCACAAGCCUGGAACUUCAAAAGAACCAAAAGACUGCAGGUCUCACCUUGAAGGACAAUGGGUCACAACUAAAAGAUUUCUUCUUUGCCUUCGAAACACUCAGAGGCUGCUGCACACGUGCAGGGAGGGCUGGGAAACCUACUGCCGGCAGACCAUCUUCCUGCCUGGCCUGGGCCUGGCCUUCCUCUACAUGACCGUGCUGGGGUUUGACUGCAUCACCACAGGCUAUGCCUACACCCAAGGCAUCGGAGGGUUCCUGCUCAGCAUCCUCACGGCCCUUUCGGCUUUAUCUGGCCUGAUGGGCACAAUUCUCUUCACCUGGCUCCGGGGGCAUUAUGGCUUGGUCACCACAGGAGUCAUAUCCAGCUGGCUCCACGUAGGUUGUCUAACGCUCUGCGUGUUUUCUGUCUUCGCUCCUGGAAGUCCCUUUGAUACAGCUGUUUCCUCACUUCCAUUGAGCAAGAACUCUUCUUCAAGUCCCAAGUUACUAAAAGAUGACCAAGUGCACAUUUACCCUUUUGAAAGAAACCUGAACCAACCCAUCCUCCCGGACCGUUCUUCCAUUCAUUGGACCAACAGCACUGUUCUGUUCGACGGGCAGCAGGACCUUGAGCAGCCAGAGUCUUACGUCUCCAUUAUCUUGCUCUUCUCUGGUGUGAUCCUGGCCAGAAUUGGGCUCUGGUCCUUUGACCUCACUGUGACCCAGCUUCUCCAGGAGAACAUUCCGGAAGCAGAGCGAGGGGCCGUCAACGGUGUGCAGUGCUCCCUGAACUAUCUUAUGGACCUCAUCCACUUCAUCCUCGUCAUGCUGGCCCCGCAGCCACAGCAGUUUGGCAUGCUAGUCUUCAUUUCCAUGCUGUUUGUAACCACAGGCCAUGUGCUGUAUUUUUUUUAUGCAAGAAAGUGUAAGAUUGAAAAUUCCCAGGUGAAUGAGACAAUAAAGAAGGGCACUUGGACACCUUUAAGCUGAGAGAAGUCAAUGGAAGCACAUGCCAACCAGCUCCAUGUCACAUUGUGCAAUGGAUAUCACUGCGCAAACUCCAUAAAGGAGGGAGUCAUUGCUACCACAGGACUUAAUAUAUUUGCCAAGAAUAUAAUUAUUUAAGGCCUGAAGACCCUCAAAAAUACACGUAUUUUAGUCUGGAAUAUUCACUUGAACUACAAGACUUGCUUACCUUUAAGAAACAGAAUCUACUUGGACUCAAGUGCUUAGGAACAUGGGGUAUGUCUUUUCUUGAAAUCAAAGUAAUGCAUCUCAACCUACCUGAAUGACACAUCAAUGGUGUUAACUGGCAUACUGGGUGAGUUGUGUCACUAUCUGGAAAAGUUAGUGACUGGAGUUCUGAAAGAUUUUAUAUUUUCAGUGAAAUCAUAACCUUUAGCAUAAAAAUUGUAUUCCAAUUCCAGUUUUAUCAUAAUUAAAGAUAAUCAUCAAGCCCAAGUCUCUCAUUUGAAAUGAAUAAAUCUUGUGAAAACAUUUCA